AUGUCUUUUAAACCCUCUGUAAAUUAUAGUUUUAAUUGUUGUAAAUCCGAGAUUGAAUGUUGCAUUGAAGAUAUCCGAUUUAGAAUGAAAAAUACUUUCCGUAAACUGAACGAUGAUAAAACAGAAUAUAUAUUUCUUGGAUCAAACAAUCUUGUAUCGAAAUUCUAUGUUGAUGGUAAAGUUGGUGACAAUUGUAGUGGAAAUGAUACAUCAGCUUGUGGAAGUCCAUCAACACCAUACGUGUGUAAGAAUGACUACUGUAUUUGUGAGAAGAAACUUCAUUAUCAAGAUGAUGGUGGAAAUUGUGUUGCAUAUAAAGAUCCUGUUCCACCAUCUAAAGUUGAAAUAGUGGACCAAACAGCCACUAAUUUAACUGUUACAUGGACAAAACCAGCAGAAUACCCUGGUCCUAUGGUGUAUUUUAUAUACAUUUUUGAAAAAGAAAGGCGAGACAGUGAAGUAGCAGAUAACAUAUUGUAUACCGCACCUAUCAGCAACAACGCUUACAACACUACCAAGUAUAUCCACAGUAAUCGUAUUGUUGGUUACUGGACCUACAGAGCUGCUGUAAGGGUAUUUCUACUAAAUGAUGAAAGCUCGAAUAAUUCAUACUCAAAGCAAAUCAUGACACCCACAGCUCCGGCAGGUACAGUUCAUUCAUUUCGUGUUUUAAUUGUGGGAUUUAAUCGUUCCGAUGCUAAAGUUCGAUGGAGAUGUCUUAAUGAGAAGGAGCGCAAUGGUAUUAUAACAAACUACACUGUAGAAAUAAAAUUGAAUGGAUCUGAAGACACUACUUUUUAUACAAUUCCUAAAGAUGAAAAUAUCAAUAAAGAUUAUUAUUGCAAGUAUGAAAAAAGAAUUGAAAUUAAACCAGGGAGUGUUUAUACAUUUACCAUACGAGCAAACAAUGAAGAUUAUCUUGGUAAAAAAUUUGUUGAAGAAUAUACUGCAGAAGAAGCUACUCCAUAUUUAUCACCAUUACAUGAGGCUAUUCUUAAAUAUGACCCAGUAUCUACUACAGAAACUACUGUCACCUUCCAGUAUUGUUCAAAAUGUCUAUUAGACGAAUCCAAUGGAGCCAUUACAUAUUCAGCUUUAAUAAUAUGUCAUUUUAAACACUGUAACGAUAGAAGACUAGAAACAAUUGACGAACAGGUAAUACGAAAGUUUAUCACGUGGAAACAAGCAAAAGAAGCUGAUUUUAAUUCGCCAUUUUUAGUAACAAAGGGAGAUUGGAUAAAACUCUCUAAUGAUUCGGAAUUUUCCACCUUUACGGCGGGCAAUGAGGAUGGUUGUGAUGAAAAACCGACUGAGGAAAUUUGUAAUGGACCUUUAGAACCAGGUACAGCAUACCAAGCGAUUGCGUUUUCGUGUACCAGUGUUGGGUGUUCAUAUACAUAUCUAGGAGGUUCGGGUUGGUAUAGAACGCAAGAUAAAGAUAGAACGAUACCAAUUGUGGCAGGUAUUUUGGGUACAGUGGCUGGUCUGAUUCUGAUUGGUGUUGUCAUUGUCUUAUAUAAAAAAGGAAAACUACCAUGUUCCAGUAAACAGCGUCCCUAUUCGGUGACUCAAACGGAACACGUGAAGAUGUGAUAUGAUAAUAAUUCAAUCUG